CCUGGAGACACAGCACAUGCUCAAUAAGUGCUUGGGCAACAUUUACCAGCUUGGUCUCAGAAGAUCAGAUGGAGAUCAAAUUCAGGAGAAUUUGCCUAUCAGCGUGUGCAGAAGAGACCUUCAACAAGCACAAGCCAUGGAUCGAGACCUCAUAUCAUGGAGUCAUAACUGAGAACAACGACACAGUGAUUUUGGACCCACCACUUGUAGCCCUGGAUAAAGAUGCACCAGUUCCUUUUGCAGGGGAAAUUUGCGCAUUCAAGAUCCACGGCCAGGAGCUGCCCUUUGAGGCCGUGGUGCUCAACAAGACGUCGGGAGAGGGCCGGCUGCGCGCCAAGAGUCCCAUUGACUGUGAGCUGCAGAAAGAGUACACGUUCAUCAUCCAGGCCUACGACUGUGGUGCAGGGCCCCGGGAGACGGCCUGGAAGAAGUCGCACAAGGCCGUGGUCCAUAUCCAGGUGAAGGACGUCAAUGAAUUUGCUCCCACCUUCAAAGAGCCAGCCUACAAGGCGGUGGUGACAGAGGGCAAGAUCUAUGACAGCAUCCUACAGGUGGAGGCCGUGGACGAGGACUGCUCCCCUCAGUACAGCCAGAUUUGCAACUAUGAGAUCGUCACAACUGACGUGCCUUUUGCCAUUGACAGAAAUGGCAACAUCAGAAAUACCGAGAAGCUGAGCUAUGACAAACAACGCCAGUACGAGAUCCUGGUGACCGCCUACGACUGUGGACAGAAGCCCGCCGCUCAGGACACGCUGGUGCAGGUGGACGUGAAGCCAGUUUGCAAGCCUGGCUGGCAAGGUGGGCCAUCUCUUGUUGAUGCUGUUGAGCGGAGGCAGCUUGGCCUGGUGUAGAGAAGGUGCUAGACCUAUCCUGAAAGCCAAUACAACCUAUAACUAGAGGAAUUUCUUACAUGCAGUCAUUCUGCUGCAAGAAAUA